CCGCUACAAAAGCAAAAAGUUUAUUAGAAGAUCAAGUAAUUCAAGAUAAAGAUAACAAUAUUAGAGAUACAUUAUCUAAGCAUGAUGAUGAUAACGAUACAGAUUAUAAAGAAAUUUCUGAAACUAAAGCAACAAAAUUAUCACCUUGCAUUAUUGUUGAUAAUUUAAAUAGUGCAAUUGGGCAUUGCAAUUCAAUGGUUUUUCUAAAAUCACUAGUACAAUUAGUUAGUACAUGUGAAGUAGAAUUGACUCCAGAUGAAUCUUUAAACUUAGCUAAGUUAGAAAUCUAUUCUAAUCAUUUUAACUUUGAUCAUGAACAACUUCAUUCGUUUGGUACUAAACAAUUAAGACAUUAUACUAAAGGUUUAUUUAACCUCUUAUAUUCUCAAAAUGAGAAUAAAAAAGAAGAAGUAUUGCAGUAUCUUAUAAAAUUAUUAGAAAACCUAGAAUUAUCAUCUUCAACUUCAAUAGAUACAGAUUUUAAUUUAUCUAGCCCAUUGCUUGUAAAAAUUGCUAUGAAAAUUAAUAGGUUUAAUGAUUACUUGUCUACAGAUAAAAAACUUAUAAAAGUAGAAGAAAGCUAUCAAUUUGAAGAAAUGUUAGAAAAAACAAUAUGUAAUUCAUGUAAAGAUAUUGAAAAAAAUU